CUCUUGUGUUCUGACGUCGUCUCAGCUGCUGCAGGCCGCCGACGCAGGGCUGGGUUUCCAUUUUUUGCUGCGAGUUUCGGGGAACAACAGUAUGGAGCCGGAGAUGGAGGACAAAACCGUGGAGCUUAUGAACACCUCCGUCAUGGAGUCACAGACAGGGGAUCUCUCCCCCAAGACAACCACAGUGUUCAAGAUCACCAACGGUCCCAUGACGGGCUCACGGAAAAGGCCAUCGGAGGGUAACUACCAGAAGGAGAAGGAUGUCUGCAUACAGCUGUUCGACCAGUGGUCCGAGGCAGACCAGGUGGAGUUUGUGGAGCACCUUAUCUCGCGUAUGUGCCACUACCAGCACGGCCACAUCAACUCCUACCUCAAGCCCAUGCUCCAAAGGGAUUUCAUCACAGUACUGCCAGCUCAGGGUCUGGACCACAUAGCGGAGAACAUCCUGUCGUUCCUGGACGCGCGCUCGCUGUGCUCGGCCGAGCUGGUGUGUAAGGAGUGGCAGCGGGUCAUCUCCGAGGGCAUGCUGUGGAAGAAGCUGAUUGAGCGCAUGGUCCGCACCGACCCCCUCUGGAAGGGCCUGUCGGAGAGGCACCAGUGGGAGAAGUAUCUAUUCAAGAACCGGACAACAGAAGUUCCGCCAAAUUCCUACUACCGCUCCCUGUAUCCCAAAAUAAUCCAAGACAUUGAGACUAUCGAGGCCAACUGGCGGUGUGGGCGGCACAACCUGCAAAGGAUUCAGUGUCGCUCAGAGAACAGCAAGGGCGUUUACUGCCUGCAGUACGACGACGACAAAAUCAUCAGCGGCCUGCGAGACAACUCCAUCAAGAUCUGGGACAAACAGAGCCUGGAGUGUCUGAAGAUCCUGACGGGACACACCGGCUCUGUGCUCUGCCUGCAGUACGAUGAGCGGGUCAUCGUCACAGGUUCCUCAGACUCUACUGUCAGGGUGUGGGACGUGAACUCGGGCGAGGUUCUCAACACACUCAUACAUCACAACGAGGCGGUGCUUCACCUGCGCUUCUGCAACGGUCUGAUGGUGACGUGCUCGAAGGACCGCUCCAUCGCCGUAUGGGACAUGGCCUCGCCCACCGACAUCAGCCUGCGCCGUGUGCUGGUGGGACACCGCGCCGCCGUCAACGUGGUGGACUUCGAUGACAAGUACAUCGUCUCUGCCUCGGGCGACCGCACCAUCAAGGUGUGGAGCACCAGUACGUGCGAGUUUGUGCGCACGCUGAACGGGCACAAGCGGGGCAUCGCCUGCCUCCAGUACCGGGACAGGCUGGUGGUCAGCGGCUCAUCUGACAACACUAUCAGGUUGUGGGACAUUGAGUGUGGUGCAUGUUUGCGAGUUUUGGAAGGCCACGAGGAGUUGGUCCGGUGCAUACGGUUCGACAACAAACGGAUUGUUAGUGGAGCGUAUGACGGUAAAAUUAAAGUAUGGGACCUGCAAGCCGCCCUGGAUCCACGCGCUCCUGCCAGCACGCUGUGUCUGCGCACGUUGGUGGUGAGUAGAGCUGCAGAACUCGUCAUGGUGAGGAGAAAGAUGGAGUGUUCUGACCCGUCUUUUCUGUUUCUCAGGAGCACUCUGGUCGAGUCUUCAGGCUUCAGUUUGACGAGUUCCAGAUCAUCAGCAGUUCCCAUGACGACACUAUUCUCAUAUGGGACUUCCUCAAUGUGUCAACCAAUGGACAAAAUGAAGGGCGAUCGCCCUCCCGCACGUAUACAUACAUCUCUAGAUAGCAGGGCAGGCCCACUGAUGGUCACUGUAUGAGUGUGUGUGUGUGUGUGUGUGUGUGUGAGGGAGAGAGAGAAUGUGUGUGUGUGUGUGUGUGUGUGAAUGUAUGUGUGUGAGAGAGUGUGUGUCUGUGUGUGAGAGGGUGUACGUGGGUGUGUGUGUGUGUGUGUGUAUCUGUGCUUGUGUGAAUGUGUGGGGUUUGUCCUGACGACCGAGCCUCUGUGUCAGUAUGCCAGGAUCUGAAGUCGAGGAAAAGAACUCUCUCCCCUCUCAUCUUCUCCACUCCUCUCCUCUCCACAUCUCCAUCCUCCAUCUUACUCCUCCACCUGGGAGCCACGCACCUCCGCCCACAGAGCCCAUUUACCCCACUCGACACACACCCAUCCUGUGCCUGAGCUCAGACGUUUCACCACCGGUGGAGGAGUGAAAGAGAUGGAUGGGUGGAUGGAUGGAUAGAUGGAUGGACAGACAAAAUGGCCUGUGCCUCUCAAAAGAGAGAUGCCACAGAGAGGAGGAAGGUGUGGAAGGGCAUGGGAGCUCCUCCCCUUCGCCUCCGAGAACCAGACUGAGUGACAGAGCUCCCAGUCCCGCCCCUUGUAUGGCCCAAAAGACAUUUUUCAGUGGAUCUGUUUUGCUUUUAUUUGUUUGAUUGUUUUUUUUUUUUUCGUUUUUUUUUUGCUUUUUCUUGCCAGAGGUUUUUUUCCCCUGACAGAAGAGAAAAAAUAUGAUGAAACCGAGAAAAAAAAUGGUGGAAGACAUGGAGAAGGAGGGAGGGUGUCUUCCACAUGGACUUUACUGCAUGAAUGGACGAUUGGACAGUAGUGUGUGCUAGUGCCCCCCCCCCCCCCCCCCUUUUUUUUUUUUUUUUUGUCUUUCUUACUUUUUUAUUCUUUGACUUUUUUUUUUUUUUUUUUUUUUCUUUUUUUUUGGAAAUUUUAAAUUUUGCUUUCUUUGUCAUAUCGUACUCUAAUAAUUGUAAUUCUGUCCCCCUUUCAGACUUCUACAGUGUCUCUCCACUUCUCUACUCUCCUCUCUUCUCUUCUCUCGCCUGCUCUAUCUCUUUUCUUUGACCUUCCUGUCUUGUCCCAUUUUUGCAGUCUGCUUGUCUAGGUUUCGAAUGACCUAUAAAUGAGCUGAAUUUAGUUGUAAAACAGAGUUGUCUUGUCUAAAAUUGUGUUGUAUAUUGAAAUGAUUUUUUUUAAGAAAAAAAAAACACAUUAUUAUUAAUAAUAAUAAAGAUCUUGACUGUGAAGGAGUGUUAAAACACUUGUAGAAGUCAGUUGUGUGAGUGUAUGCAUAUGGCCCUGUAUGCGUGUGCCUCUGUCUGGGGUGAGCAUUUGGCAUGCACGAUGUUCUCAGUGGUGUGUGUGUGUGUGUGUGUGUGUAUGUAUGUGUGUCGUAAGGGUGGAGUGGGUCGAAGUCAUUCAGCCGAUAGAAUGUUGGGGCCUUAAGAGGGUGAUCGACAGUGUUGCAGACGACUUUAGGCCAGACUGCCUAAGCUCUUUUCUCUCCUCUUUCUCUUCAUUUCUGUCUUUCUAUGCUUCGUCCUCCCUCAGGUUUUCCCAGGCUCAAUUACUAACACAAAGCUUUCUACAAAUGCAUAUGUUCUACACACCAAUGUACAAUCAUAAGUAGUAACUAAUUUAUGUAAAUAUAGUAGAAAUAAUGGAUUACUAGUAUUCUUUACAACAUACUAGUGAAGUCUAUGUGAUUCAUGGACAUUUGAAGACAUUUGAAAGGCUGAAUCACAACCUUUUAUACUGUGUGACCACUAGGUGGUGCUGAAAUGUUUGAAAAUGUUUUCAAAAAUGCCUGUAGUUCCCUCCUUUAAAACGGCUCAAGGUAGAGAUGCUGCAAACACAAACAGUGGUUAACCUCCACGUAUCAUUGAUGAAAUAAAUAAUUUUAUUAACAGUA